CGAUGCAUGAGGCUAGAUUACAUCUAGCUUACACGCUGGAUGGAGAUCGGCUAGCGCUUAAGGUGGCAAACAUUCCCCUCCGAUCAGUGUGGGAGGUCACGAUGCGAUUAGAGUUGGUAGUGGAGGACGCGCGAGAGGUGCCCUGGCCGCGCGCGUGCGACGUGCGCGUGUCGCGCGUCGUGUCCGACGUGCGCGUGCCCGAGCACGAGGUCAAGCGCGCGCUGGCGGGCCUGCCGAGGGACUGGGGCCACGUGCCGAGGACUGUGUGGAAAAUCUUCAGAUACCUCAAAAACAAGACGCGCGAAGACGAUCUCCUAGGCGUGUGACGUCAUCGCUGCAUCGUCACAACUCUGUAAAUAUUGUUCUUUUAUGUUUGUGAAUCUAGAAUAACUGUGACCAUACAUACCUCGAAGUAUGACGCCCGUAUUCACAAACAUUACUAUGAGGUCUCAUAGUGCGCGUGGACCCACAAGGUGACGAAUCUAUCACAGAGCUCAAUUCAACGCUGUGCGUUCGAUUUCCUGCUUCACUUACGCAAGCACCGUUUGUGAAUACGGGCGUGAGAAUCCUGUGUAGUUAAUACCCUGCUUGUAUCUUAUCUCGACAUAUCACUGGUUAAAUUCACGGUAAAUUCAUGUUUUUUAACCCAAUGUAAUUAAUUUAGCCUAGGGGAUACCAUGGAAAGAAAUCCUACUAUCCUACUAAUAUUAUAAAUGCGAAAGUUUUGUUGUGUUUGUUACUCUUUCACCUAAAAACUACUGAACGGAUUUUAAUGAAACUUUACAGUAUUAUUGUUCAUCUUAAACAUCAGAAUAACAGAAAUCACUAUAGUAUAAAACAAAGACGCUUUCCGCUGUCAGUCCCUAUGUAUGCUUUGAUCUUUAAACUACGCAACGGAUUUUGAUCCGGUUUUUUAUAUUAGAUAGAGAGAUUCAUGAGGAAGGUUUUUAAGUAUUUUAGAUACCUGCUCGAAGCAUGGGCCAAUGUUUUUACCCGACUGCGCCAGAAGGAGAGUUAUGUUUUCCACAACAUUGUUAAACAAGUAAAAUAAAAUAAAAAACUCAUAACAGUCACAAACUCCAAUUAUUUUUCGAUGGUAUUCCCUAGGUUAAUAGUAAUAUUAUGAAAUGUGCAUUUUUUUUGGUGUACCGUCGUUCUACAUCCAAAAAUAUAUUUUCGUUGUUUGUAAAAUAAUAAAUAAGACUGUGUUAGUUUCAAUGUUCAACAUUAAGUAAGUUGCGAUGAUUUCUUAAAAAAUGUUUAGACUUUUUAUAAAUAUAUUCAUUUUGUGAACGAAA